GGUUUUUCUGUGAAACUCAGACCAUUAGCAGUGUCACAGCUGAAUACUCAUCCAUUGCGAGCAAAGAUUCUGACAUUACUUGGAAAUACUUAAAAUUACAGACUUCACCAUCACUAUUUCUUGAGUCUACAGAAAUUAUCAGGUUCAAUUCAAAAUGCAAUCGGUGCUUCAGAAGGCUUUCCUGUGGUGUGUGCUGACCACACUUCUUCCUAGUAUCACUAGGGCAAAACCUCUGAACACAGAUGGCUUGAGAAGGCUCAGUGUUCUGCUUCAGAGUAAGGUGUGGAGAGAUGUUCGCAGUGUGUUGGAGAGAAGGGAGGGUGACCCAACAUCUUUGCUGUCAGAGUCAGAUGUACCACAGCACAGGCUGAGGGUAAGGAGGACAGAACCAGCCUACUCGGUGAAAAGAGUUGAAAGAGUGGGCUGCAACUUAGCCACCUGUUUAGUGCACGAUCUGGCCCACCUGCUGCAUCAAAUGAACACAAAAACAAACAGUGCCCCUCCUGAAAAGAUAAGCUCUAAGGGCUAUGGUCGUCGGCGGAGACGUUCACUCCCAUCGACCCUCCCUCCACUAACAUUUGAUGAAGACCGUCUAAAGCUGGCCUGGGUCCAAACCCUCAAAAGGCGAGCCACCCUAAAAGGGACUUAAAGGAGACGCUGGGAGCAGCUUUGUGGUUUGUCCUGAGCAGUUGGUUUAUAUUGGCUCAGUUUACUGAGAUACUUCAGAUAUGUCCUUUGCUGAACGUUAGUGUACUCUCUUCAGGCACAAAGGUGUUGAAACAACAAGUUCGAGCAACUGGAGCAUCCUUCUCUCCAUCCUCUGCCUGAUGGAUUGGACAGAAGGAUUCAGGUCGCUUAACAAGAAUGAGUGCUUGUGGGAUAAGGAGUGCUAUCAUUUGGGGAUUUGUUUUGUUUAAGCUUUGUGUGGGUCUAAGGUAGUACGACAGGAAAUAGGUGAUCAAUGCUCUGUGCAUGUGUUUAGCAUUCUUGUCAUUCUAAUGGAGCUUCGGGACUUGACUCUCUGUCUCUUCUGUAGUACAGAUGCGCCCCCUGUUGGACGUAUGAAGGAACAAUACAGGAGUCUACCAGCUCCUACUGCCUACCAAUGACAGUGUGAAAACAGAGAGAAUAGCAAGAAGAGGAAAGGGAACUAAGAGGGCUUAAAUCUAUUUACCCAGGAGGACCAAUGAUGAAGAGUAGAGAGGGAAAACUCUUUAUGGAAGUAAUUACUUUGUUGACCACAAUGUUUACUGUGUGCUGCAGGAUAUGGCAAUGAAGGAUAUCCUCAUACUUGAAGACUAAUAUAUGUAUACUGUGGGAGACGUGCAAUAAUUUACUUUAAUAUUGUUUUAUAGUCUAUGAUUAAAGUGUAUAUAAAUGUAUAUUAUGAAAAUAUUGUUAUGUAAAAAAAAACAUAUAUUUAUACCUGUAUACUGUACAUGUAUUAUUCAGAGAUUAAACUAUUGUACACAGAAAAUUGGCAAUUAUAGUUCAUUUUAAAGUAUUUUUUUUUAACCAAAUUAUUUCAUAUUGCUGUAAAGUGAAGCCUUUCUCUACAUCAUUGAAUGUUACGCCAGUUUAAUCCAGCAAGAGAGAGAGAAAACUACUCUCCGUCUUAUUUCUGGGUUAGCAUUUAGUUCUGCAACUUGAACAGUCAAAAUAUAUAUAAACAAAUAUUCACUGAGGUGCUAAAACUACAAUUUAAUGAAAAUACCAAUUAGAUUUUUGUGUUUGAUGUCAUAUAGCUUCAGAAAUCAGAAUUACACCUACUUAGCGGAAAAAGGUAAAAUCAGCUAAUGACUUUGACUUAAGAAUAAUAAUAAUGAUAAUAAUUACAGUCUUAGCUUUCAUUUUAUCUGAAAUGUUUGUUGAAGUGCUAGAAAAAAGAACAAGAACGUGUU